CCGGCGCCACUUCUUUCUCACAUCGCGCUCAUCACGGACGGUACUCGAAGCGAGGCGCGAGCCCCGGGUCGAGUGCGUUUCGACGGGUUUUUGAUACCGAUUGUGGCGGAAGAACGUGGAGGAGAGGACGUGGAAUCCUCGGGAGGAAAAGAUCUGUGAGCGCCUAAAGUGAUCUCGGAGUGUCAGGCGGUGUAAACCAGGCGGAGAAUAACAUCCUCUCCAAAAUGGAUCCUAAUAAGAAAUCUAACGGGAAAGGACGCGGUUCUCUCCUGUUGGAGAUGAUGAAGAAAGCACAAACGGAACGUUCCCAAGGGAUGUCCCAUUCUCUAGAAACACCUAGCGUUUCAUCUGAUCAAACAUCAAGAUCAUCUGAGGGACUGAGGGAUUUAACUCAAAGCACAUCUGGUGGCUCAAGCGCUGGUGGAGGUCGCGGACGCGCGCAAUUAGUUUCUUUACUAAAAUCAAUGAGUAGCAGUGACUCGGAUUCCAGAGAUUCCUCAGCAGCUGGAGCCGUAGGUCACGGUCGAGGUUCUCUCCCAAGUUUGAUAAAGAGACUUGGCCAACCGAGUACAUCUGCGAGAGAAGAAAGUGUUGAAAAGGACAUUUCUGCGGGAGUUUUAGGAAAAUUAGCUGACAUUUCUGUAUAUGAUAAUCCACCGCCCACCUCCGAAGAACUGCAGUCUUCUGAAGAUAUUGCGCCGAUAUGUCGACAAGGCAAAAGUGGAGAAAGGGUAGAAGCGUUCUCCAAUUACAUAGAUCUGACAAUAGAAUCUGGAAGAGGUCUAUAUCAAUAUGAAGUUAAAUUUUCGCCAGAUAUAGAUUCAAGAGGUUUACGUAACAAAUUACUUAAUCAACAUUCGGCUAUUAUAGGAACAAGAACAUUUGAUGGGAUGAUGCUUUAUUUGCCAAUAAAAUUGCCACAAGAUAUUUCUCACUUUCAAUCGGAACAUCCAAUGGAUGGUACACAAAUAACUCUUACGAUCAUUUUCAAAAAAAAACAAUCGAUGGGUGAAAAUGUUCAAUUUUUCAAUAUUUUGUUCAAACGUGUUCUGCGCGCGCUUGGUUUAGUUCCCAUUGGUCGACAAAAUUUUAAUCCAAAAUGCGCGCACCCCUUUCCUCAGUAUAAAUUGGAAAUGUGGCCUGGUUACGUAACUGCUAUAAAUGAAUACGAGGGUGGUUUAAAAUUGUGUUUGGAUGCUAAACAUCGUGCGAUGCGGACGGAAACUAUACGAGAUUUAAUAAGAGAGAUUUAUCACAAAUCCCGAGGCAAUUACAAAGAGGCGGUAGUAAACGAAAUCGUCGGUACAAGUGUAUUAACGCGAUAUAAUAAUCAGACAUAUCGCAUAGAUGACAUCGAUUGGGAUAAAACACCAAAAUAUAUGUUCUCUAGAGGCGGCCAACCAACAUCUUUGGUCGAUUAUUACAAGUCACAUUGGAAUAUUGAGAUUAGUGAUCUGCAGCAACCGCUUUUAGUGCAUCGUGCUACAGUUAGAACACCAUCUGGCGAGAAGGAGGAAAGAGUAAUUCUUUUGGUGCCAGAAUUGAGCUAUGCUGCAGGUCUCACUGACAGUAUACGCAAUAAUCAUACUAUGAUGAGAGAUUUGAGUGAAGUUACGAAAAUGUCGCCUGAACAACGUCGAGAGACAAUCAGGCGAUUUAUAGAGGAAGUGGAGAAAACUAAAGUCACUCGGGAAUUACUAUCCGCAUGGGGUUUGCGUUUGAACAAGGAUCUAGUUCGAUUUACCGCAAGACGUCUCGAACCUGAACAGAUAAAGUUUGGGAACAACAGAACAUAUCUUUCGAGAGAUAGACCUGCAGAUUGGAGCGGUGCUGCAGUAAGAAAUCCUGUGUUACGCACUCCUCAUUUGAACAGGUGGUAUAUUUUUCACUCUCCGAAUGACCAACGUUAUGUAAACGAUUUUGUAAAGUGUUUGGCAAACGUUGCAAAUGCGAUCCAUAUGCAAAUUCAAAAACCAGAACAGAUAUGUUUAAAGGAUGACAGAACCGAGACUUAUCUGCGAGAAAUUCAAAAAGCUAUCAACAAUGAGCCCGAAUUAGUAGUUGUUGUAUUUCCGACCAAUCGCACUGAUCGUUAUUCUGCAGUAAAAAAACUGUGCUGUGUACAGAAAGCUAUACCAUCACAAGUCAUCAUUGGGAAAACAAUUUCUAAGGCUAAUAAGUUGAAGAGUGUCACAGAAAAAAUAGCACUUCAAAUGAAUUGCAAACUAGGAGGAGCAUUGUGGACUGUCGCGAUGCCAUUACAAAACAGCAUGAUAUGUGGAAUAGACGUUUAUCACGCCGGUGUAGGAGGAGGCUCAAAAAAGAGCGUUGCAGGAUUUAUUGCCAGUUUAGAUAAUCAAUUGACCAAAUGGCACAGUAGAAUUUGUAUGCAGGCCUCAAAGCAAGAGUUGGUUGACAUGCUGCAAGUGUGCCUUACUUCAGCAAUUAAUGCAUAUCACAAGCAUAAUGGAUGUAAUCCAGAGCGCAUAAUUAUAUAUCGCGAUGGAGUCGGCGACGGAGAUUUGGAUUAUGUCGAAAAAUAUGAGGUGAAGCAACUUUUGUCGACGUUCGGUCGCAUUGCGCCAAAUUAUAAGCCGAAACUAAGUGUGAUCAUCGUUCAGAAACGUAUCAAUACGCGGGUAUUCGUCAGAGGACCGAAGGAUAGUUUGAUCAAUCCUGACCCAGGAACCGUUGUUGAUUCUUGCGUAACCAGGCGAAAUUAUUACGACUUCUUCCUCGUGCCGCAAAAUGUACGACAGGGCACAGUAACUCCGACUCACUACAUCGUUAUUCACGAUUCGUCCAACAUGGAAACGGACCACAUGCAACGACUCACGUAUAAACUUUGUCACUUGUACUACAAUUGGCCCGGUACGAUCCGUGUACCAGCUCCUUGUCAAUACGCACACAAACUUGUGUACCUGGUUGGACAAAAUCUCAUGGCUGAGCCACACCAAGCCCUUUCAAACAUUUUAUUCUAUUUGUAACUUCUUCAUCAUUCGUUAUUACUUUGUCUUUCUCUUUUUUUAUUCUUUUUUUUUCUUCGUGCAAAUGACAUGCAAAUAUCGUUAAGAAAACGUUGAAAGAACUAAAUAUGACCAAGUAUAAUUGAUAUGAUUUGAUUGUAUUUUUGCAGAAUUCGAUCGCCAAAUUAUCGAUCAUGAAUGACAUUCGUAUGAAAGUAUGUAUCGUAGUUAAAAUAGCCAAAGAUUAUGUAGAGAAAGAUAAGAGAUUACUACCAAGUAUACUGUGAUAUACAAAGCACUUGGAAUGCGUCUCUUAUAUACGUACUUUUUUUAUGUUAUACAGUUGACGCUUGCAUUUGUAUUAACCUGGAAAGUAAUGGUUACUGUAGCACUCGGGAAAAUACCAAUGCAAGUUUGUUAUUUUUAAACAGAAUCUUGUUAACUGUACAUACAACUCAGGUCUUUUUUUUUGUUGCCAAUGCUUUAACAACUGUGCUUUAAAUACUUGAAAAUAUUUAGAUUUUUUUGUAUUACUUAUAACAAUAUAAUUUACGUAGCGUUAAGAAGAGAAUUAAAAGACUUCUCGCUUUUCUUAUUUUCGUAGUCUAAUCAAAAUUAUUAUUAACCGAUAAUAUUGCAAAAUGAAAAUUGUGCAAAAGGAUAGCCUAUACCUACAAAAAAUAUAUUUUCCGUUAUUUCUUUUAUUUUCAGGCAAUAAAACGUAUAUGAUUUUAUAACAAACUAAUUUUAUUUUAUAAUCAAAAUAAAUGUCAUGUUUUAAUUAAUUUCCAAGCUUUAUGUUUGCACAGUUGAAUAUAUUUCAUUGUAAGAGAAACCUAACAGCUGUUAUGUAUUUUUUAUACAGAGAUCUUGUAUUGUUUAUUGCAAAAAAUGUGAUAUUUUUGAUAUGGUGAAAAUGGCUUUUAGUGUCAUUCAUUUUCAUAUUUUAUUUCGUCACAUGCAAUAUUAUAAUUAUUUCAUUUUCUUGAAGAUGGUUGUUUGCGCACAUUAGGCUAUUACAAAUAAUUUUAAUGAUUAUCUAUCAACUAGGUAAUAGGGUAUAAUUAUAUUCUGAAUGUAUAUUUCUUAGAAAAAUAAUGUAGAAUAAUCUAACAUUUUUCUACGAAA